GCGCCUAUUACCCCCCAUUCCCAUUCUGAUUUUUCACACUUGCUGUCUGGUCACCCUAUCCCUAAAGCUGGCGUUUGAGGAGCAGUAAACGGGUCUAGCAUGGUAGGGACCCGAGUACACGUAUUCGUUGCAAGUCCAACAAACCUCCGUGUAGAAACAUCCGUGAGACUUAAAAGUAUAGAAAUGAUGGCUUGUCAGUGCGGUACAAAACUGCAGGUGUCAUUAGGCUUUCCUUUUGCUUCCUAGUAUUAAAAGGGAACUGAAAUGUUGUUGGUUUUUUUAAAUCUAGACUAUCUGUAGAUUUUUCAAAUGACAGAUUAUUACUAUUAUUUACAUGGUGAUAUCACCCAUAGAUCCCAAGCGGGGCUCCAUUGUGCUAGGCAUUAUAUAAACAUAUAACAAAAAGAUGUUCCAGCCCCCAAUAACUUACAGUCCAAGUAACAACAGGUGGAUACAAUAAAUAAACAGAACACAAGGACGCAGGAUGGACUUUUUGGCUCUCUUCAUAAUUUAUCUGCUAUUAGUUCUGGCUAGUGUUGUUCUAGUCUGCAUCUAUUCAGGAAGGAAACAGAGUUUUCCUGCAAGAGGCCUCAGUUGUAUAACUCAGGUAUCUUCAUCUGUAAUCCCAACACGGCUUCAAAGAGCAACACAGAGGGUGCUUCACAGGCUCUUCCACACACGAAGUUGCCUGUUCAUUGUCCUGCACUUAGCCUUACAAGUGGCAGUUUAUGGUGAAUACACUUGGGAAGUAUUUGGCUACUGCCAAGAGAUGGAGUUCAGCAUUCAUUACCUUCUGCUGCCGUAUUUGUUGCUGGCUGUGAAUAUGGGGUUUUUCAUUCUGUGCUCUGUGACCAACCCUGGUAUAAUAACGCAAUCAAAUCAGGAGUCCUUUCUUAAGGCUUUUGCAUAUGAUGGAGUAAUGUUUCAGAAAAGCACCAUGUGUCCUACAUGCAACGUGGAAAAGCCAGCCAGAUCUAAACACUGCAGUGUAUGUAACAACUGCAUACAUCGUUUUGAUCACCACUGUGUUUGGAUCAACAACUGCAUUGGUGCCUUCAAUACAAGAUAUUUUCUCAUUUACCUCUUCACUCUGACUGCCAUGGCUGCAAACCUUGCAAUCAUAACAACAGCAUUUCUAAUCCAAGUAGUGCUGCUAUCAAAUAUGAUGCUUGGAAGUUACAUUGAUGAUCAGGGGCAAGAGCAUGCAGUUGAGAUUCUCUUUCUUAUUCAGCACCUGUUCCUGACGUUUCCUAGAAUUGUCUUCAUGCUUGGUUUUGUUAUUGUCCUAUCUCUGGUGCUGGGGGCGUAUUGCUGUUUCACCCUGUACCUGGCCCUGACUAACCAAACAUCCAAUGAGUGGUAUAAAUCUAGAAGCUAUGAAUGUUCUUGCUGUCAGGCAUUGCAGCCCCAUGACAGGCAUAUUGUUUACAGAAAUGUUUAUUCUCAAGGAGUUUGGGUCAAUUUAAAGGAAAUCUUUAAACCUCCUACGAGUUCAGAAAAAAAGAAAAAAACAUGAGGAAAUAGUUGCAUCUUUUAAAAUCUAUAUUUUUUUUUAAAACUUUUCCCGAAGGAUUUAACUCCAGGAAGAGCUUUUUGCCAGCACCAAGGACUCUUGAAAUGAUACUGUGCUUUUCAUUAAGUGCUGUAGCUAAAGAGAUUUUUUUUUCUCUAAAUGACUCAAUUGUAAAAUAUAUUUUUAUAAAGCUGAUCAUUGUCUGUGGUGUUUGCCGAACUUCUAGAAUUAAUGUGCUAGUUAUUAGCACUGGGGACUAAGGCCAUGGCUUGUAGGCCUCUUUAGAAAAUAGCUUUUUCGGAUGUCAUUGUAGCUCAAUGUUUCUUAAAAGAUUUUCUAUAGUACGUUCUUUGGGUAACAGUGUUAAAGCAAAUAAACUGAACUUGAAUUGGCUAA